AUGCAUGAUGUAGGGCUUGGAACUUCCAGAGGAUGAAGAAGAAAAAAAGAAACAGGAAGAGAAAAAAACAAAGUUUGAGAACCUCUGCAAAAUCAUGAAAGACAUAUUGGAGAAAAAUAUUGAAAAGGUGGUUGUGUCAAACCGAUUGGUGACAUCUCCAUGCUGUAUUGUCACAAGCACAUAUGGCUGGACAGCAAACAUGGAGAGAAUCACGAAAGCUCAAGCCCUAAGAGGCAACUCAACAGUGGGUUACAUGGCAGCAAAGAAACACCUGGAGAUAAACCCUGACCAUUCCAUUAUCAAGACCUUAAGGCAAAAGGCAGAGGCUGAUAAGAACGACAAGUCUGUGAAGGAUCUGGUCAUCCUGCUUUAUGAAACUGUGACCCUGUCUUCCAGGUUCAGUCUGGAAGAUCCCCAGACACAUGCUAACAGGAUCUAUAGGAUGAUCAAAUUUGGUCUAGGUAUUGAUGAAGAUGACCCUACUGCUGAUGAUACCAGUGCAGCUGUAACUGAGGAAAUGCCACCCCUCAAAGGAGAUCAAAGUAUUAUUAUUGGUACUUCCUGGUUCAAAAUAUUCGUUGGGUACGCAUGA